AUGAGUAGUAGCAAUUAGAAAAACAGACCAAUGUUUUCAGCAAGUGUGAAAAACUUGUCUAUUUCUACUAGGCCCUAAACUGCUCUUGCAGGAGGAGGAUAAAGUUUACUGUUUCCUGUAAAUUAGCAACAAAAAAUAUUGAGAGAAAAAUAUCCAAAUGUUACAAGUUUAAGUCCAAAAUCUAUGCUGAAAUUAAAAUAAUAAGAUGAUUAAAAAAGUUAUUUUUCGGAGUUAUUAUCUUCUCCGCUGUAAAACUAGCUAAGAAAUUAGAAAAGCCCAUAGGCAAUAUCUUAAAUAGUCUAACAAGCGAACUCAUAGCUCAGUUCUUCACUAAAAAAAGGAGCUCCAAAUAACAUUAGAGUAAAUAAUGAAUUAGCAGAAUAUGCAUUUGAAGAUUUGAUUGAAAAAGAAGUGAAAAUUUCACAAGAAGAAUACGAAGAAUUUAAGAGAAAAUAUCACAGAAUGGUGUUUGAUAAAAAAGGUAAUUACUUAUAUACAAAAUUAGAGCCAAAAAGCUUAGAGUAGCAGAGAACAAUUCAGGAAAUAUAUUAAAGUAAAAACACAUCAGCUAAACUUAAAAAAGAUUUAAAUGAACGCUAAAAGAAUUUUUAGCCUGAAAAAAUUAUCGGAAAUCUAGUUAAGAGUUCCUAAGAAUAGGCUACUAUGCAUCCAAGAAGAAAAGCUAUUUAGGAAAUUAAAGAUAGAGCUAUAAAAAGUUUAAAUGAAAUGCUCAGCUAAACAGUAAAGCAAAAAAUCAUAGAGGGAGCACUUAAUGAAAUUCAAAAAGCUUCAACAGAAAUGAACAGUGAGGUAGAAAAGUUAGUUAGAGAAAACGAAGUCUUAAGAAGGGAUUUAGAAAAACUAAAAGAUAAUAUAGUUGAGUUGUAAACGUAAAAUGAAAAUUAAAACUGGAAAAAUUCAUGUCUAGUUAAAGACAUAGGACAGAUCAACAUAGAAUUUGAUAAACUUAAAAAGAAUUCAUGUGAAUUAGAAGGCUUCAUCCCUUAAUAUAAGCUGUUGAACUCUAAAUUUCCAGAUUUAGAUGCAAAACAGCUCAUUUUUAAGUAUGAAAAACUAGAAAACUUGUGUCUAGAGUUAACUAAAAAAAUAGCAGAACUAGAAGAUUAAAAGCAUGCAAUAGAUGGAGAAAAGCAAUAAAUAAAAUAAAUUUUUGACAGAUAAGCUGAUGACCUAAUGCUUAAAGACAUAAAUAGAGAAAAACAAAUGAAAAUGUACUUGGAAAAGCUCAAAGAAAAAGAAAUAGAAAUUAAAGACGCAGAAGAAUACAAAUAAAAUUAUAUGCUUUUGUAUAAAAAAAUUUAAAAGAUUUUUAUUGAUUGGAAUUCACAAAUUAAGGUUUAUCCUUUAGAAAAAAAGGAUGAUAAUGGACCAAAAGCUAAUAUUAAAGAUCCUAUGGAAAUUUUAGAUAUUAUGGAGAAGGAGAUUAAGAUAUCAACUCCUGAUAAGCUUCAAGAAUAUUUAAGAAAAAUUAUUGUUUCUGCUAAUUUACUACAAAGAAAAUAUUUGCCUGAAUAUGUUAAUGAAAAGUUCGAUCCUGAUAAAAUCUAUGAAAGAAUAUUAAAACUUGUCAACAAGUUAAAUGCUGAGAAUUUCAAGUUAAAAGCAUAAAUAAAAUAACUAAAAAGGACAGAUUCUUUUGGGCACGAUGGAGCAAAUGAUAAACAAAAAGGAGAUUUAAAUGAUUCUCGUUCUUACUUAAACAAUUCUCUUACAAAAAAUUAUCAAUAUGAAGAAUGA